AUGGCCACCGCGCCCGCGCCGACCGCAGCCGCCCCCGCGCCCGCCGCCGCCGCCGCGGCCGCCCCGUCCGCGUCGGUGCCGCGCGGGCAGGUGGAUCUGGUCGACUUCAUCGACUGGACCGGCGUCGAGUGCCUCAACCAGGACCCCGCCCAUGCCAUCGCCAACGCCCUCAAGCAGGGUUACAGGGAGGAUGAGGGGCUGCACCUCGCCAGCGACUCCGACGAGCAGCUGCUGAUCUACAUCCCCUUCAUGCAGGUCAUCAAGCUGCAUUCCGCGCUCUUCAAAGGCCCUGAGGAAGAAGGCCCAAAGACAGUUAAACUCUUCUCCAACAGAGAGCAUAUGGGUUUCAGCAAUGUCAAUGACUUUCCUCCAAGUGACAGUGUUGACCUAUCAUCCAGCCAUUUACUGGAAGGUAAGCCUGUGACGCUGAAGUAUGUGAAGUUCCAGAAUGUUCGUAGCCUGACUAUGUUUAUCGAAGACAAUCAAAGCGGAGCUGACAUCACAAAAAUUCAGAAGAUUGCGCUUUAUGGAACCACUGUGGACACUACAAAUAUGAAGGACCUGAAGAAGAUAGAAGAACAUUAA